UUCACAUUCACAUCAAAAUCAGCUGUGAACAUCAGUAUGGCCGCACCAUCACCUACAAAAUAAUUUUUUAUAAUUCAGAUAAAUAAAUAGAAAAGUGCAAUUUUUGUGUUUGUAGCGCGUUGAAUUGUGUUAGAAUUUAGAACACUGUCGGUGUUGAUGUUGACUAAAAGUGUUGCGUCAUGAUAGGAUACCUCUCACUGACAAACAAAUACAACAAAAAUUGCUAACUACGAUCAAGAGGCGGCUGUUAGUUACAUUUGAGUUAUCUUUUUAUUUGUGGCGUCGAUUGUGAUUGGGAGCUGAUGUGUUUCGUGCAUCAUUUGAAAUAAGUAACAAUGAGCAGCAUAAGACUUAGCUUCGUGUCGGUGGGAAGGAUAGCGGUUCGGAGAAAUUCGCAUUUGACAUCGGGUGGUGUGCAGACAUGCCGCGCGGUGCGGCGUGCGUGCUUACGACCGCUGACGACGUGCUCGGUGCUGUGCAAGAACCCUGGCGAGCAGCCGCCAGGCGCCGCGGGCACGCCGCACGGACCGCCCAAAGACACAGCCGCAGGUCAGAGUUCCGGUGGCAAGAAAUCCGGGUCCGGCACUGGCGGAGUGUUGACGUGCCCCAAGUGCGGCGACCCGUGCACCCACGUCGAGACCUUCGUCAGCUCCACGCGCUUCGUCAAGUGUGACAAAUGCCACCACUUCUUCGUGGUGCUCAGCGAGGUCGACACCAAGAAGAGCAUAAAAGACAACGCAGACAACAAAUCCGGCUUCUAUAGAAAGCCACCACCGCCUCCUAAGAAGAUAUUCGAAUAUCUGAACAAGCAUGUAGUGGGGCAGGAGUACGCAAAGAAGGUACUCUCUGUGGCCGUCUACAAUCACUACAAGCGCAUCUACAACAACGUGUCCAGCGGCGCCCACGCCGACGCCCACCAUCCGCUUCACCACACGCAUAGAGAGUUGCUGCACGUGAGCCACGGCGGGGGUGGGGGCGGUGCCGGGGGUGGGGGUGGGGCGGAGGUGCUGGACCGGCAGCAACACGAGCUGCGUCUCGACAAGAGCAACGUACUGCUGCUGGGACCUACAGGCUCCGGCAAGACGCUGCUGGCGCAGACGAUAGCGCAGUGCCUGGAUGUGCCGUUCGCGAUCUGCGACUGCACCACGCUGACUCAGGCCGGCUACGUCGGUGAGGACAUCGAGAGUGUCAUCGCCAAGCUGCUGCAGGACGCCAACUUCAAUGUGGAGCGCGCUCAGACCGGCAUCGUGUUCCUGGACGAGGUGGACAAGAUCGGGGCAGUUCCCGGCAUUCACCAGCUCAGAGAUGUCGGAGGCGAGGGUGUGCAGCAAGGGAUGCUGAAGAUGUUGGAGGGUGCGGUGGUGUCUGUACAAGAUGUUGAAUGUAGUGUAUGUUGGUGUCGCGCAGGCGAGGGUGUGCAGCAAGGGAUGCUGAAGAUGUUGGAGGGUGCGGUGUUGUCUGUACAAGAUGUUGAAUGUAGUGUAUGUUGGUGUCGCGCAGGCGAGGGUGUGCAGCAAGGGAUGCUGAAGAUGUUGGAGGGUGCGGUGGUGUCUGUACAAGAUGUUGAAUGUAGUGUAUGUUGGGGUCGCGCAGGCGAGGGUGUGCAGCAAGGGAUGCUGAAGAUGUUGGAGGGUGCGGUGGUGUCUGUACAAGAUGUUGAAUGUAGUGUAUGUUGGUGUCGCGCAGGCGAGGGUGUGCAGCAAGGGAUGCUGAAGAUGUUGGAGGGUGCGGUGGUGUCUGUACAAGAUGUUGAAUGUAGUGUAUGUUGGUGUCGCGCAGGCGAGGGUGUGCAGCAAGGGAUGCUGAAGAUGUUGGAGGGUGCGGUGGUGUCUGUACAAGAUGUUGAAUGUAGUGUAUGUUGGUGUCGCGCAGGCGAGGGUGUGCAGCAAGGGAUGCUGAAGAUGUUGGAGGGUGCGGUGGUGUCUGUACAAGAUGUUGAAUGUAGUGUAUGUCGGUGUCGCGCAGGCGAGGGUGUGCAGCAAGGGAUGCUGAAGAUGUUGGAGGGUGCGGUGGUGUCUGUACAAGAUGUUGAAUGUAGUGUAUGUUGGUGUCGCGCAGGCGAGGGUGUGCAGCAAGGGAUGCUGAAGAUGUUGGAGGGUGCGGUGGUGUCUGUACAAGAUGUUGAAUGUAGUGUAUGUUGGUGUCGCGCAGGCGAGGGUGUGCAGCAAGGGAUGCUGAAGAUGUUGGAGGGUGCGGUGGUGUCUGUACAAGAUGUUGAAUGUAGUGUAUGUUGGUGUCGCGCAGGCGAGGGUGUGCAGCAAGGGAUGUUGAAGAUGUUGGAGGGUGCGGUGGUGUCUGUACAAGAUGUUGAAUGUAGUGUAUGUUGGUGUCGCGCAGGCGAGGGUGUGCAGCAAGGGAUGCUGAAGAUGUUGGAGGGUGCGGUGGUGUCUGUACAAGAUGUUGAAUGUAGUGUAUGUUGGUGUCGCGCAGGCGAGGGUGUGCAGCAAGGGAUGCUGAAGAUGUUGGAGGGUGCGGUGGUGUCUGUACAAGAUGUUGAAUGUAGUGUAUGUUGGUGUCGCGCAGGCGAGGGUGUGCAGCAAGGGAUGCUGAAGAUGUUGGAGGGUGCGGUGGUGUCUGUACAAGAUGUUGAAUGUAGUGUAUGUUGGUGUCGCGCAGGCGAGGGUGUGCAGCAAGGGAUGCUGAAGAUGUUGGAGGGUGCGGUGGUGUCUGUACAAGAUGUUGAAUGUAGUGUAUGUCGGUGUCGCGCAGGCGAGGGUGUGCAGCAAGGGAUGCUGAAGAUGUUGGAGGGUGCGGUGGUGUCUGUACAAGAUGUUGAAUGUAGUGUAUGUUGGUGUCGCGCAGGCGAGGGUGUGCAGCAAGGGAUGCUGAAGAUGUUGGAGGGUGCGGUGGUGUCUGUACAAGAUGUUGAAUGUAGUGUAUGUUGGUGUCGCGCAGGCGAGGGUGUGCAGCAAGGGAUGCUGAAGAUGUUGGAGGGUGCGGUGGUGUCUGUACAAGAUGUUGAAUGUAGUGUAUGUUGGUGUCGCGCAGGCGAGGGUGUGCAGCAAGGGAUGCUGAAGAUGUUGGAGGGUGCGGUGGUGUCUGUACAAGAUGUUGAAUGUAGUGUAUGUUGGUGUCGCGCAGGCGAGGGUGUGCAGCAAGGGAUGCUGAAGAUGUUGGAGGGUGCGGUGGUGUCUGUACAAGAUGUUGAAUGUAGUGUAUGUUGGUGUCGCGCAGGCGAGGGUGUGCAGCAAGGGAUGCUGAAGAUGUUGGAGGGUGCGGUGGUGUCUGUACAAGAUGUUGAAUGUAGUGUAUGUUGGUGUCGCGCAGGCGAGGGUGUGCAGCAAGGGAUGCUGAAGAUGUUGGAGGGUGCGGUGGUGUCUGUACAAGAUGUUGAAUGUAGUGUAUGUUGGUGUCGCGCAGGCGAGGGUGUGCAGCAAGGGAUGUUGAAGAUGUUGGAGGGUGCGGUGGUGUCUGUACAAGAUGUUGAAUGUAGUGUAUGUUGGUGUCGCGCAGGCGAGGGUGUGCAGCAAGGGAUGCUGAAGAUGUUGGAGGGUGCGGUGGUGUCUGUACAAGAUGUUGAAUGUAGUGUAUGUUGGUGUCGCGCAGGCGAGGGUGUGCAGCAAGGGAUGCUGAAGAUGUUGGAGGGUGCGGUGGUGUCUGUACAAGAUGUUGAAUGUAGUGUAUGUUGGUGUCGCGCAGGCGAGGGUGUGCAGCAAGGGAUGCUGAAGAUGUUGGAGGGUGCGGUGGUGUCUGUACAAGAUGUUGAAUGUAGUGUAUGUUGGUGUCGCGCAGGCGAGGGUGUGCAGCAAGGGAUGCUGAAGAUGUUGGAGGGUGCGGUGGUGUCUGUACAAGAUGUUGAAUGUAGUGUAUGUUGGUGUCGCGCAGGCGAGGGUGUGCAGCAAGGGAUGCUGAAGAUGUUGGAGGGUGCGGUGGUGUCUGUACAAGAUGUUGAAUGUAGUGUAUGUUGGUGUCGCGCAGGCGAGGGUGUGCAGCAAGGGAUGCUGAAGAUGUUGGAGGGUGCGGUGGUGUCUGUACAAGAUGUUGAAUGUAGUGUAUGUUGGUGUCGCGCAGGCGAGGGUGUGCAGCAAGGGAUGUUGAAGAUGUUGGAGGGUGCGGUGGUGUCUGUACAAGAUGUUGAAUGUAGUGUAUGUUGGUGUCGCGCAGGCGAGGGUGUGCAGCAAGGGAUGCUGAAGAUGUUGGAGGGUGCGGUGGUGUCUGUACAAGAUGUUGAAUGUAGUGUAUGUUGGUGUCGCGCAGGCGAGGGUGUGCAGCAAGGGAUGCUGAAGAUGUUGGAGGGUGCGGUGGUGUCUGUACAAGAUGUUGAAUGUAGUGUAUGUUGGUGUCGCGCAGGCGAGGGUGUGCAGCAAGGGAUGCUGAAGAUGUUGGAGGGUGCGGUGGUGUCUGUACAAGAUGUUGAAUGUAGUGUAUGUUGGUGUCGCGCAGGCGAGGGUGUGCAGCAAGGGAUGCUGAAGAUGUUGGAGGGUGCGGUGGUGUCUGUACAAGAUGUUGAAUGUAGUGUAUGUUGGUGUCGCGCAGGCGAGGGUGUGCAGCAAGGGAUGCUGAAGAUGUUGGAGGGUGCGGUGGUGUCUGUACAAGAUGUUGAAUGUAGUGUAUGUUGGUGUCGCGCAGGCGAGGGUGUGCAGCAAGGGAUGCUGAAGAUGUUGGAGGGUGCGGUGGUGUCUGUACAAGAUGUUGAAUGUAGUGUAUGUUGGUGUCGCGCAGGCGAGGGUGUGCAGCAAGGGAUGCUGAAGAUGUUGGAGGGUGCGGUGGUGUCUGUACAAGAUGUUGAAUGUAGUGUAUGUUGGUGUCGCGCAGGCGAGGGUGUGCAGCAAGGGAUGCUGAAGAUGUUGGAGGGUGCGGUGGUGUCUGUGCCGGAGCGCAACUCUCGCAAGUUGCGAGGUGAUGCUGUGCACGUCGACACCACCAACAUACUGUUCGUCGCCAGCGGAGCUUACAACGGCCUCGACAGACUGGUGCAGCGCCGCAGCAACGAGAAGUACCUGGGUUUCGGAGCUUGGGACAGAUCUGGAGGACGUCGCGCUGCGCUCGCUGCUGCUGCGGCUGACGCAUCUCCGCUGCAGUCUGCUGCAGCGGAGGGAGACGAGCGCGACGCCUGGCUGCGGAAGGUGCAGGCGAGGGACCUCAUAGACUUCGGCAUGAUACCGGAGUUUGUGGGCCGCUUCCCCGUCCUGGUGCCUUUCCACAGCCUGAACCAGGACCUGCUCGUGCGGAUACUGACCGAACCUAAGAACGCAAUGGUGGCGCAGUACAAGCUGCUGUUCGCGAUGGACAAGUGCGAGCUAUCGUUCAGCGAGGAGGCCCUGCGCGCGGUGGCGGCGCUGGCCAUGGAGCGGAAGACGGGGGCCCGAGGACUGCGCGCCAUCAUGGAGAACCUGCUGCUGGAGGUGAUGUUCGAGAUCCCCGGCUCCGACAUCGUGUCGGUGCACAUCCACGAGGGCUGCGUGCGGCACAGCGAGCCCCCCAGCGUCACCCGCCGACAGCCGCCCCACGAGCGGGACCUGCACGACUGGCCCUCCGUGCGGCUGCACAACUGAGAUGAAGUGAGCGAGUUAUCAGAACCAUGUGUCAGCAAGUGUUAGCUGUGAGCGGCACAAGUAUUGUAGUUGCUGACGUCAGCGAGAACUAAGAUGACAUGACCGGAGUGACACAAACACUCUGACCCCCCCUCCCCCUUCCAUUCUCCCUCCUUUGUACCUUUCUCGCAACACGGAUUACUGUUAU